AUGUGUCCCGCGUGCGUGCAGAACAAGGAGCUAGCGCGGCUGAUAAAGCACCAGCAGGCGCAGUUCCACUCCGCGCUGCUCAUGCGCGGCAUGGUGGACGAGGGGCUGCUGCCGCGCCACCAGUACGCCGCCUUCACGCGCGACCUGCUGGGUGACGUGCUCGCCAGCACCGCGCACGACCAAUGGCCGCAGCUCACGCGCAGCAACCUCGUCUUCAUUCAGUGUCUUGACUCUCGCACCGACCACCACCAGUCAAUACCUUCCACUUGUCCUCCCUUCCGCGCCGCACUCCCGCAGGACUUGUUCGAGUCGCACUGCAUAUCGCCAUCGGACUACCACGAGGCUAAGCUCGCGCUCAUCCACCACCUCGCAGCGCAGGGGGCGGACAUAGACGACACGGAUUUCUACCUCGGAUCGGCCGCCCCCAACGCGCCCUCCGUCCUGCGCAACAGCCGGCCGUCCCUACACAGCCCUCCGCCCUCCGGCCCUCCUCCUUUCUCUCUCGGCGAAUCUCUGCGCCGCAGCGCCGGUUCUAGGGGCGCGCUGUUGCGCGCAAGCCGCAGCAAGGGUCAGUUUCGCAAGCCUCGGGAACAGCGAAGCGGGUCGGUGGCUGGCAGCGGGAGCGGCAACGGCAGUUGGGAGGACGCAGGCAGCAGCCAGGGGUCAGGGGGCUGUGGGGCGCGCGAGAUCCCCAAACCCACUCUGCAGCGGCAGUUCGACGAGGCGGCGCGGGAGGGGUUGGGGGCGGAGGAAGCGCACGGGUGGCCGGGAGCACAAGGUGAGGGGGACAGGCAGCAGGAGGGCGCAGGGGACGCGCGGCAUGAAGGCAACGGCCCGGCAGUAGGCGCUGAGCGUGGCGGUGACACGGAUCCCGCUGCGCAUGCCCCCCUCGUCUCGGAACCUCCAAGGCGGCCGCCGCCACAGCAGCAGCAGCAGCAACAACACCCGGAGCAGUACCAUGAGACGCAACGAGAGCAACAGGGGGCAGGGCGGGGGGAGCGGGAAUGGGAGGCGGAAGAAGCGGAGCAGGAGUACGUGGCGGUAGCGACGGAGGCGGACCUCACACCGGGCGCUACUCACUUCGCCCGACCGCACGCCGAUCCCCCCCGCACCCCUGCUCCCACCUUUCCGCCUCCGCCGCCCCCACCCAGCGUCCCCGCUGCUGCAGCGGAGGAAGCGGCCGUUGCCAAACAGAGGGAGCAGUUGUUUGGGGCUGCGGAGAGAGUGAACGGGGGGGGGGCGCGCAAAGUGUAUGGUGCUCCCCAGGGUUUGGCGGAUGACACGUGGGGGCUUGGCUCUGGGGGCUUUCGCGACUCAUGGGGAGCCGCGCGCAACCGAGAGAGUGGACGAGGGGCGCAGGUUGGCGACGCGGGUGUGGCGACGUACGCUGUAGGAAGAGAGAAGCGGGAGAAUAAGGCGGCUUCAAGAGCAGCGCCUGCGCCUGCGCCUGCGACUGCGGACCCACGUGUCCACCCGCAGGCGGAACCAGGGAAGAAGCGCGCAACAGGGGCGGCAGUGCACAAGUUCCGCCGACCCAUGGCGGCUGCCGCAGGCCCUCCGCCCGCUGCGGAGCAGACGCCGCUGCAGGCCAUGCUGGCGGCGGGGUGGCGCAUGUGGUCCGGUCGCGCGGAGAAAGGCGCGGUGCAAGGGGGGAAGGGGGCGGAGGCGGGGGAAGAGACGUGGGUGGAGGAGGUGGUGGUGGUGGAGGAGGUGGAGGCGGACGAGGAGGUCGGGCGGCCGGUGAGAGGCGCGAUGGCGAGUGGCGCAAGGCGACAGGAGCGCUCAGGGGAGACUAUGCGGGGCGACGCCGGGGGCGGAGGCAGAGCGGGAGGGGCGGGGAUGGGGACUGCGGGAGCGGCGAGAGAACGCAGCAGGCAGGAGUGUGGAACGAACGGUCAAACCGUGCAAGAGGCGGCGGGCACGCGGUGGGUUCACGACACAGCUCCAGCGGGACGUGCGCACUUGGACGCACGCGGGGGAGAGGGGGACGAGAUCCGCGCGGAAGUGCGCGGGGAGAGGCAGGAGCACGCAGCGCAAUGCAGGAGAGAGGAGAGCGGGGAACAGAAAGAGGGGAGUGUUGGGGAGGAUUUCUCAGACGGUGGGGAGGGAUGGGCGCGGGGGGAGCCGGCGACGGCGCACGAUGGAGGAGACGGCGGCGGAGGAAGCGAGAGGCGCAGCGACAUCAGGAACAGCAGCAGCAGCAGCAGCGGAAUCGAGGGCGGCAGCAGCAGCGCUCCGCGUUUGUCGUCCAUCGCUGAUGACGAUGGUGACGGUGACGGUGACGAGGAGAGCAGCCUCCGUAACGACGCACGGCCCGCGCACGAGGCACCCACGCCCGACGCGCCCAACACGGUCAAUACAGUCAACACGGUCAACACGGUCAACACAGCGAAGACAGCCAACACGCCAGCGACGUGGAUGGCGAGCGCGCUGUCGGAGGGCGAGAACCCCGUGUCGGAAGGCGGCUCCGCGCGAGUCGACCUCUUCGCCGCCGGCCGCUUUCAACGCCAGGCGGCGCGCGGAGUGGUGCAGGCUCUCAGGCUCGGGGACGCGGAGCCGAGGGGGGGCAGAGGGAAAGCGGAGACGGUAGAGGAGAUCGCGGAAGAAAGAGCAACGGAGGAAGACUACGACGCGGCGGCGAGUGGCGAUGGCGGGAAGGCGGCGGCGGGGGAGAGCCCGCCUGCAGCCGCCCCCUUGACAGCGCCGCGAGCCUUCAGCUUCAGGCGGCCAGGCGGCGUCACUCGGCCCGCCGACCUCGAAACGCCCCCGGGAAAGCGCCCCCCGCCCCAGCCCUACCCGUGGGCAGGGAAGCGCGCGGACGAGGAGGGCUUGGCGGGCGGGCCGAGCGGACGGCUGUCCCGCGUGGAGGAGAGGAGGUCGUGCGGGGAGGGCAGCGAGUGGUGCGCAGAGGAAGGCGAACGACCACGCGCACCUCAACCUCCCGCCGCGGAGAGGAUGGCGCAGGAGCCUGAGCUCGUGACGCCAGGGGCGGAGGUCGAGCGGACGGGCUUGGGCAAGGGAAGCCGCCGUCGCCCGGGCGAGCCCCGCACUGGCGGAACCAUUCUCCGCGGCAUCAUGCGGAAGAUCUCGGCGCGUGACCUGGGCGCAGCGGCCGCCGCAGCCGUGGCGAAGGUGGACUUCACUCCGCUCGCCACCGCCGCGCGCCUGCCCAGAUUUGCGCGCACUAUGAGCCGCGGAAAGGGCGGAAGCAGCCGCGCAGCGGCGGCGGGAGGGUUGCUGAUGCCGCCGCGCAAGCUGCAGAUUGAUGGGCUGAAGAAAUCCCGCGAAGGCGCGGGAAGGCGGUCGCGCGACCCCAGCCGGCGCAGUCGCGCGGCGAUGCGACGGUCGGCGCGAUCGAGCAGCAGCAUGGCGAUGGCGAUAGGCGACGACUACGACGACGACGACGUGUCGUUCUGGGCCGGCGGGGAGAGACGCUCGCGCGUGCUGCGGGUGCCGGGCGAGGAGGAUUUAGUGCACGCGGAAGGAGAAGAGGAGGAGGAGGUGGAGGAGGAAGAGGAGGGGGAGGAGGAGGAAGAAGAAGAGGAAGAAUACGAGGCCGAAGAGGAAGACGGGGAUGAGGGGGAGGAGGAGCAACGCGAGGCGACGCCAGGAGUGGCGUGGUCGGUGAACGUGCCGGCAGCCAAGGCGCGCGCCAGGGCGAGCGCGCGGAAGCCGCGGGAGGUGGUCACUCCGCCGGGGCUGCGCGGACGCGGGGAGCAGGACUAUGAGACGUUGCCUGCGGCGUCAGGGGCAAUGGCGGCGGAGAGUGCAGCGGGGGGAGAGGACGAGGAGGUUGGGGACGGAGAAUCAGCAAUGGCAGCAGCAGCAGCAGCGAUUGGCUUAUCGCCUGCGCUGUCGGGCGUGGUGGGGAUGGCUGGCAGGGCAGACGCGGGGACGGGGAGAGGAGGGGGUGACGGGAGAGGAGUGCGAGGCAUGGGCGGAAGGGGAAGGGAACGCGGAAGCGGCAGUGCAGGAGGCGCGAGGCGAGGGGUGCAGAGGAGCAGCAGCAGCACGAGUGAGAGCAGCAGCAGCAUUGAGAGCGAGGGCGAGGGCAGCGGACAUGCAUGGCGGAGGAGGAGCACGAGAGGGGCCGGGAGCAGCAGCAGCAGCAGGGGUGGCAGUGGCAGCGGGAGCAGGGGCGGGGGCAGCAGUGGUGGCAGUGGUGGGAGUGGGAGGAGCAGCGGGGGCAGCGGGGGAGUGGUGGUGGUGGAAGGGGAGAACCGGCGCAGUGUGGACGCGUUGGAGCUGAAGAAGAAGCUCAGCGGCUGGGUCGCCUCCUCUGGUGUCGCUGCCAUCGACAAGGCGCUGGUGACGAACAUCCGCGCAUCGCUGGCGGCCAUGCGAGCGCAGCUGUGCGCUGCACACCCCAAGCUGCACCCCUCGCAGAUCCUCUCUGAUGAUGAGAUGACGGCAGUGGCCAUGCGCAUGCCCGCUGACAGGGCAGAGCUCCUCAAGUUCUUCCCACAGCGGUGGGUGGAGCUGUUCGGAGUGGUGGUGCUGGACGUGGUGCAGAAGGAGGUCAGCCGCCAUGUCGCCCCGCUCAAGGACCCUCCUCCACCCCCCCCUGCUGCCGCAUGCCCGCCUGCCCACCCUCAUCCGCACCCACAAGCCCAGCCACAUGGCCAGGCGCCAGUGCAAGCCCACGUGCACAUGCAGGUGCAUGCUGAUGCACCCCCAUGUGCCCCCGGGCAUGGCCAUGGGAGCGGGGCGACGGCAGCAGCAGGGGGUGCAGGGCGAGGUGUGGGGGUUGAUAGUGGGGGUGAUGGCGCGGAUGAGGCUCAUGCACGCCCUCGCACGCAUGACGCUGCUGCUGUGCGCCACAAGCCAGCAGUGGCGAUGGGAGGAGAGGCAAGAGCAGCAGGCAGUGCUGGUGGUGGUGCUGGUGGUGGUGCAGUGGGGGUGCGGGAGGAACAGGCGGAUGCACGUGGUGGCGGUGCAGCAGAGGCAGGGGCGGCAGGCAGCGUUGCAGGGAGCAGGGCGAGCGGCAGCAGCGGAAUGGGAUAUGGGGGGCCGGCGCAACCCCUGGGGGAACGGUGUGUGAACGUAGGCCAGGGAGUGGGGCGAGGGAGCUAUGGCAGCCUGGAUGGGAGCAUGAGGGAGGGGCGCGAGGGUAGCAGGGACGGUGGCAAUUGGAAGGAGUGGGGCCAUGGGAGUACGGAGCGAGAGGGAGCGGGGGGAUUUGAGGAGAGAGAGAGUGUGGUGGCGCCUGUGCUGGAUAGUCUAGACAACCCGCUGCUCAACUCCAUCGCCCCUGCUGCUGCUGCCGCAGCAGGCAAGGAGAACUUGGCUGUGUUUGCAGCGGGGAAGGCAGGCGGCGUGGGUGGAGCAGCAGGUGCAGGGAUGGCAGGCGCAGGGCCGACAGCAGCAAGGGUGGGAGGAGCAGGCAGAGGGCCCAUGAUGGGUGACAGGCCCCCGCCCACCUUCACAGGCAGAAAGCCCCGCGCCCCUGCACCUGCUGCUGCGGCUGUCGCUGCUGCUGCCGCUGCUGCACCCUCUGCUGCAGUGCCCAGCCCACCAGUGGGCACUGCCAGGAAGCCUGGCACACCCGCAGUGCGUGCCACUCCCAUUGCUGCUCCCACUGCUGCCGUGGGCAGGGCAGCAGGCAGCGGUGCCAAGGAGAGUGCAGCGGGCGAGGAGGGUGGGGAGGCGCGUGACAUUGGGAGGGGCAGGGAGCACGUGGAGUCACAGCGACAGGUGGGGACAGCAGCAGCAAGCAGAGGGCCAAGAGAAGCAGCAGCAAGAGGAGGAGGAGCAGCAGCAGCAGAGAGAGGGUCGGCAGGGGCCAGUGGUGGUGCAGGUGUGCAGAUGUCAGGGCAUGCAGGCAGCGCGGGGCACAGGAGGAGUGAUGAGAGGAGUGGGCAGGGGCACAGCCAUGAUGAGACAGCAGGCACGGCCGGCAGGGUACGGGAGCAGGAGAGGGUGGGGAACGUGAGGGCGUUGAGUGGCAGCGGUGGCAGCUUCAGGCAGCGUGCUGCAGCAGCUGCUGUGGCCGCCAUUGCUGCUGCCAACCCCCCUGGGCAUGCAGGCGUGCGUGGCAGCAGGGGAGACGCGCAGGCAGUGGGGCAGGCUGGCACCAACGAGGGCGAGCGAGAGGAGAAGGGCAGCAGCAUGGCUGAUCGUUGUGGUGGUGCUGUCGGUGGUGACAGUCAAGCGAGGACGGCAGAGGGCUCGGUUCUGGAAAGAGGGGCAGGAGGAGGGGAACAGGGUGGGGCAGCAGUGGGAGGAACAGAGGGAGGAGGCGCAGUGGAUGGGGCAGCAGGCGCGGCUGCGAGGGCAGCAGUGCAGCGCAAGCCACGGCCAGCCACGUGGAGCAAGGGCACCAUGGCAGCGGCUGCUGGGCCGCGCCGCACCCCGCGGCCAUUCAACAUGGGCACUGCGGGGCGGGCGGGCACCAUGGCACAGGCGCAUGCACAGAUGCUGCUGGCACACGGCAGUGGGUCGCACGGGAGUGGGGCCAGGCCGGGCACCAGGGGCGCUCCAGGCAGUGGAGGGGCAGGUGGGAGCAGGGGAGGCGUGCCGCAGCAGGUGGGGCAGCAGGAGGCAGGGCAGAGGGGGCCAGCGGCGCAGGGAGGGGGGGAGGUGGGGAAGGGCGAGGGGGUGGUGGGGGGAGGGUCGGGACCCAUGGCAACGCCAGCAUCGGUGCUGCGGCCCAAGGCUCUGGCGUUUGGCACAGGGGGUCCAGCGGGGGUGCCAGGGGGGGCCCAGUACGGCGGGUCCAUGGGGCGGUGCGCAGGGCUCAAGGCCAUGAGCGGGUUCAGAGCACCGCUCAGAACGCCCGCUGCUGCUCCCGGCAGCCAUGGCAGCGGUGGUGGCACUGCGGGGAGAGAGAUGUGA